AUGGCCUCGACGAAUUCGCUUUCCUCCGCCUACCAAUCCGGCGGCCCAUUUCAGCUGCCGUCUCGUCCGAUGUCCCGAUCCGCGGUUUCACGUUCGGGAUCCAGACGGGCGUCACCGGCGCUCCACGCUCAGCCCAAAACAAUGUCUCGACACUACUCGGGGGACAGUUCGGAUGAGGAGGUUCCAGAACCGAAGUUUAGUGCCUCCGUCAAAGCCCUUUUGGACGGAGAUGGAUUGGGAUCUUCGCCUCAUCUGCAAAAGGGACAUGCGGCAUAUGAGCGACGAGCGGCGGUCGGAUCGAGGCAGGGUAGCCAAUCGCCCCGAACUGCGUCACCUCACGAUCGAUCAACGGGCAGCCCUGCCCCUAGGGUCGUCCGAAUUGGGGGUGUUUCGUCCGCCUCCAGAUUUUCUCGCGAAGGAUCUCCAUUGUCAAACAGCCACAGUGCGGAGUCCGAACCACAAGAUCGCCCGAAUGAUUUCAUUACUCCCGCCCCACGACCGCGCAGCGUUCGGAUCAAUGCGUCGCGUAGCCAUACGCGAUCUCCUUCUUCCAUCUCACCACUGAAGCGUUCAACGGAACGUGGAUCGGGCGACGAGUAUGGAAGUGGGGAGCGAUCUGAUAGUGACCGGAAAUCUCGCCUUGAAGAUGACCCGGCUUCUCACAUCGGCUCUUCAUCAGUCCUGCGAGGUCGUAAUGGAGACGAUAUUGGGCCCCAGAGUUCCUUGCGAGUGAAGAGGGUUGGCCGACUUACCGGCACAUUCUUGAACGGACCAGCACGGCGGGGAGUCCUGCGCCGCCAAAGCGAAGAAAACAACGAGGAAAAUUAUUUACUGAAUGGGGAUGUGAGAGAGGAUGCCGAGCGUGAAGAUAAUAAUGUUGAAUAUCAAACCCGGAAGCCAUCAUCGCCCAAAGUAUCAUGGGCGGACCCGAGCCCACCGUCGGAAAGAGAAUCGCAUCGCUCCGAGCUACCAGCAACAGGUCCCGAAGAAGGUCUCUUUUCAAGAUCAUCGUCACCCAAGUCUGCUGGAUCUCAAUCGAAGUCGACACCCGCAUCCUCGGACAAGUCGUCUAAGCCCUCCAGUGCGCAGGAGCAGCCGGCAUUCAAAGUUCCAUCACUGCCGCCACUCCCGUCGGUAAGGGAUCAGGAGAAUGAGCCUCCUCCAACGUUCAAGCGUACCAAGCCCCAAAGCUUUAACCUGCUGGACAAGCCCGAGAAGUUCUCUGUUGUGUACGAUGCCGACAAAAAGGAUGCUGUGGAAGCGCCAGCAGGAACCACACCUCGCAAGAUCCUGUCGACUCGGAGCAACAACACCCCUCGCCGGCCUGCUCCUCCGCCCCCGAAAAUGUCGGUGCUUGAGACAGCCACUGCUACCGCUGGAGCAUCCACAUCACAGUCUCGGAAGAAGCGGACCCAGGUUUCUAUCAACCACAAGCAUUUCACUCGUCUCGACUGCAUUGGUCGUGGGGGAAGCUCACGUGUCUAUCGUGUCAUGGCUGAGAAUUAUAAAAUCUUUGCCCUGAAAAGAGUAAAUUUGGAGGACGUUGAUCCGCUGACCUUGGCUGGGUACAAGGGUGAGAUCGAUCUUUUGAAGAAAUUGGAAAAUGUUGAGCGCGUGGUCCGUCUUUUUGACUGGGAGCUCAACUCUGAAAAACAUUCCCUGAGUGUUCUUAUGGAAAUUGGCGAAUCCGACCUUGAAAAAAUCCUCACAUACCGUCUUAACGCUGAGGAUGCUGUAUUUGACAUCAACUUUACCCGUUUUUAUUGGAAAGAAAUGCUUGAGUGUGUGCAAGCUGUACAUGAUUUCAACAUUGUGCACUCCGACUUGAAGCCUGCCAACUUCCUUAUGGUUCAAGGCCGGCUCAAACUGAUCGAUUUCGGAAUCGCUAAUGCGAUUCAAGACAACACGGUCAAUGUGCACCGUGAGCAACAAGUUGGAACACCAAAUUACAUGUCACCCGAGGCUUUGGUCGACUCCAAUGCUUCGCUUGGUCUGCCCGCCAGCGUCGGGAAGGUGAUGAAGCUGGGCAAACCUAGUGAUGUUUGGAGUUUAGGCUGCAUCCUGUACAAAAUGGUGUACGGCCAGCCCCCAUUUGCAAAAAUUGCCAAAUACUACGAACGUAUCAUGGCUAUUCCCAACCCCCGUGUACAAAUCGACUUUCCGUCCCAUGGCGUGGGCGGUGUCCCUGUUCCUCCUGGUCUCGUCCGCACUCUCAAACGCUGCUUGCAGCGUGACCAAACUCUUCGACCAACCAUCGAGGAGAUGCUCGGCCCCCGUGAUCCAUUCUUACACCCUGACGCCCAGCUCGAGGGUGCAGUUCCCGUCACUCAGGACAUGCUCGGCCGCAUCCUCGCCAAUGUCGUCAACCAUUGCAGGGCCCGCGGCAUCCCCAAGGAAGAAGAAUUGGCAGCUUGGCCUGCGGGAUUCUUUGCCAAGAUAAAAGCAGCACUGGAAGAAGAAAAUUCCUAA